AUGCUCGCGUUCGUGACGGCCGUGCUUGACGGCCACGCGCUCAUCGUCCGCCAUGACUGCCUGCCGGACGCGUUCUUGCCGGCCAUGAUCGACUGGCGGCUGUCGGACGACGUGCUGCUGGAGCCCGCGAGAGUCGUCACGGCGCCCGGCUACAACUGGGACGGCGUCGUGAGCGCCGCGCGCCCCGAGGCGCCAGCGAAGGAGGGGGAAGUGGUGCGGCUGGACAUGCGGAACUCACGCGUGGAGCUAGCUACCUAUUUCAAGGCCCUCGAGAACGCCACCAACAUCCGGCUGUCGGCGAAUCUGGGCGCGCUGACGCACCUGGCGACCAAGGCGACGGGCGAGUGGGCGGAGCGGUUCAAAGAGCUGGGCAUUCGCCUACCGUACGCCGUGGGUUGCUUCCUCCGGUUCCUCCUGCGGCCGCGGGACGAGGUGAGGAAGCUGUUCCACAGCAUCAUGCAGCAGCUCAGAGCGCGCAUGGGGGGAAACCACAGCAGCAGCAGCGGUGCGCAGCAGCAGCAGCUGCAGCAGCGCGUGGCGACGAUGGGCAUUCACAUCCGCGUGCAGGACGAGGUGGUGUGGGCGGGCGACCGAGGCAAGCCCAAGGAGCUCACCUCGCAGCAGAUGGACGCGCUGUUCGGCGACGCCAAACAGUGGCUCGACUGCGCUCAGCGGGUGGAGGGGUACUGGUUCCCGUUGUCCCUUGCGGUGCGAUGGAUGCUCAUCACCAACUCAGCGCAGCUCAAGGCUGCCAUUAAAUCCAAAUACCCCGACAAG